AAGCCCUGCCUCUCCCUCCCUCUGUCCCUAUGCCCCUCUCCUAGGCAGAGCUGAAGCCAGCCCAGUCCAGGGAGGAGAGCAGAGCGAGGGGAUGCCAGCUAAGCUGCCUUAGAAGAGCAGGAGGAGAGCAGCCAUGGGUGAGUGGGGGUUCCUGAGCUCCCUUCUGGACGCGGUGCAGGAGCACUCUCCCAUGGUGGGCCGCUUCUGGCUGGUGGUGAUGCUCAUCUUCCGCAUCCUGAUCCUGGCCACGGUGGGCAGCGACGUCUUCGACGACGAGCAGGAGGAGUUUGAGUGCAACACGCGGCAGGUUGGCUGCAAGCAGAUCUGCUACGACUUGGCCUUCCCCAUCUCCCACUACCGCUUCUGGGUCUUCCACAUUGUGGUGCUCUCCGCCCCGGCGGUCCUCUUUGUCAUCUACUCCAUGCACCAGACCACGAAGAUCAACCAGAAGGAGAUGGAAGGGGGAGAGGAGGAAGCCAGCCGGGCGGGGGAAAAGGCCCCUGCAAAAUUCGGGCCUCAGCCCAGCCAGCGCAGCCAAAACAUCAAGACCUUCUACAUUGUCAACGUGGUGGUGAGGAUCUUGGCCGAGAUGGGCUUCCUGGUUGGACAGUGGAUGUUGUACGGCUUCCAGGUGGGGUAUCAGUACAUCUGCAAGCAUCACCUGUGCCCUCACCUCAUUGACUGCUUUGUCUCUCGGCCAACCGAGAAGACCAUCUUCAUCCAGUUCUACUUCAUGGUGGGGCUGGUUUCAGCCUUGCUCAGCCUGGUGGAGCUGGCCCACCUCUUGUUCAAGAACCGCUGCAGGAGGCGCCGCACGAUUGCCCCGCCCACCACUGCCUCUUACGAACAGCAGGACAACUGGUCCAAUCAGAAGCAAGAGAAGAAAUCGCAGCACUUCCUGGCCCCGGCAGAGGGAGGCGCCAAUGGGGUGCCUUCUCAUGGCGGGAUUCCCAGUCACUAUGAGCCCAAGGCUCACUUCCACCAUAAGAGUUCCACGAAGAGCAGCCGGUCCUCUCGCUCUUCUUCUGCCAGAGCUGACUUGACCGUGUGAGGCCAGGGAGCUCCCUCUCUCCUCUGCCUCGCUGGUUGUUCCCUGGAUGAGCUGGACUCCUCCGGCUGGAAUAAUCGCACCCAUGAACUGUGUUUGCAGCCUGGCCCAAAUUAAUAGCACAGACCUGAUAUCGGAUCAUCUGUUCUAGAUUGUAAAGGAGACCUGCUGCAAUCCUUGGGGAUUCGUGCUUUGCUUUCAUGUAUGUUUUGGGGAAUUGGGGUGGGCUGGGCUGGCAUCUUUCAUUUAUACAGUGGACGCUCGGGUUGCGAAUGUGAUCCGUGCAGGAGGCACAUUCGCAACCCACAGCACCACGUCUGCACACGCGUGGGUUGCGAUUUGGUGCUUCUGCGCAUGCGCGGCCGCCGAAACCCGGAAGUAACCCAUUCCGGUACUUCUGGGUUUCAGCACAUCCAUAACCCAAAAAAACGCAACCUGAAGCGUCUGUUACCCAAGGUGUGACUGUAGUGUGCUCCAAAGGAUGCAUAGGCUUGAAACCCCUAAGAAAUGAGUCAGGAAGCUACACGCAUCGGAAGGAGUGGAAGUGGGGAGACAAUGACUUUUCCAACAAUGCACAAAACUCUUGUCCAGAUGAGCAACUCCUGCUUGAAUGGGCUAAAGAUUUGGCAGCAAACCUGGCUAUACAGAAGUGUGAUGUCAGAUGCAAUUGGGGAUGCUGCGAUUGUUGGCAGUGGGGAAAUUGCAAUAAAAGGGGAUUCCUUUUUCUUGUUAA